AUGGACCCCGAUCGCCGAAAUAUGAUCAACAGUUCCGGUCCAUCGAGGUCACGCGAUGGCAUGUCGCCAAGAUACGAUUCGCACAACAGAGUAUCCAAAUCCUCCCGAGCCGCACCGUCCCAAUCGGCAAGCAAGGUUGCCGCGAGCUAUGUCUCUAGCGAAGAGCAGGCGCGUCAGUUUGUUGCCGACGAAGACAAAUUUGUCCUGCGUCAGUCGAAGAAGAAGGCCGACAUCCGCGUCCGCGAGAAUAGAGCGAAGCCCAUCGACUAUCUGGCCUUCUGCCUUCGAUACAUCGAUGAGGAGCGAGACGUAUUUGACGACCAAGAGGGCGAUGACGAUAUCGAUGUGCCCGAGCCAGCGGAUAUUGUCCAGGGGCUUUCUUUGGAAGGGCUGAAAGAUUUGGAGGCCGACAUCAAGAACUACCACGUGUUAGAAACGGACUCUCGCAAUAGGGAGUACUGGGAGGCUUUGCGCUCGCUAUGCAAGUCACAGAAGGCAACGCUUGACCCUUCCAAGCACGACAGGCGCGUGGUUAACAGCGUCGAUGAUGACAUCAACCGAAUUCUUGCCCCAAAGACCUAUGAUCAGCUAGGUGCUUUGGAGAAGCAAAUAAAGGCCAAGCUGCGGUCCGACGAAGACAUUGAUAUAGACUACUGGGAGCAACUCCUACAGAGCUUGCUUGUCUGGAAGGCCAAGGCGGUCCUGGCCAGGACCGUCGAGAAGAUCACGAAGAAGAAACUUGAGCGAAAGACCCAGUCAUCUAGCAAGAAGAGCAGCGGAACGGGGGCAGCGCCGAGACAGACCCAAGCUCUGUCCAGAAGUACGCCGAACGUACCACCAUCAGAACCGAGCGGUAACGCAGAUGCCUCCCAGGCUACACAAACACUCUAUGAUAGGGAGGCUGCGCGGGGCGUUUCGGAAAAUGAGGAGGUCUUUGCUGCGGAAGAGGAAUUGCCGGGCACAUCGAAGCCGCAAUGGGCUGGAGAACACCAAAUACGCAAGCCAAGAUACUUCAACCGAGUCCAGAUGGGCUACGAGUGGAACAAGUACAACCAGACGCACUAUGACCACGACAAUCCGCCACCCAAGGUGGUGCAGGGUUACAAGUUCAACAUCUUCUACCCAGACCUCAUCGACAAGACCAAGGCACCGACGUUCAAGAUCAUCCGCGAGCAUGGGAGGCGGAGGGGAGAGUCUUUUGCGGCUGCAGGCGAGGAAGAUACAUGCUUAAUUCGCUUCAUUGCGGGACCGCCAUAUGAAGACCUCGCCUUCCGCAUUGUGGACCGCGAGUGGGAUUAUAGCGCUAAAAGAGACCGGGGAUUCAAGAGCUCUUUCGACAAGGGCAUUCUACAGCUGCACUUUCAGUUCAAAAAGAUUUUCUACCGAAAAUAA